CUGCAUGAUUCGGAUGGUCCAUGUUGAGAUAUUUGAUCUCUUAUGACUUUUAGUGCUACUGAAGAAAGGUUAGCCUACUUAAAGUCACUAUAGGCGUCCAUUUGACGUUACGUCGAUUUUAAAAUGGCGAUGUCAACAAAGAAGCGGAACAGUUUCAGUUUCUAAAUCUGCUGGCGUUUUUCGUAGAAACGGUGAUGAACUUACUCAUUUUCGUCCCAAUGUGGGUUUUUCAACUUGGUGCAUCGGCUGUUUAUACAGACAGAGUGUCUGUGUUUGUGAUGGAGGGAGAUUCAGUCACUCUUAACACUGAUGUUAAAACAAACCAACAAGAAAAGAUUAAAUGGUAUUUUAAUAAUACUCGCAUCGCUCAGAUCAAUGGAGAUCUCAGUAAGAUCUGUACAGAUGUUCAGUGUAAUAAUGACACUGAUAGAUUUAGAGACAGACUGAAGCUGGAUCAUCAGACUGGAUCUCUGACCAUCACAAACAUCACAAACACACACUCUGGAGAAUAUAAACUGCAGAUCAUCGGCAGCAAUACCAUCAGUGAAACGAUCUUUAGUAAGACUGUGAAUGAUGUUCCUGCUGCAGAAACGAAUAAAACGAAGACCAAGUCAGUGAAGGAGGGAGAAUCUGUCACUUUUGAUCCUGGUGUAGUGAAAAACCCAAAUGAUGUGAUGACGUGGUAUUUUAAUGAAGCUCGAAUCGCUGAAAUCACUGGAGAUCAGAUUAAGAUCUGUACAGAUGUUCAGUGUGAAGAGAGAUUCAGAGACAGACUGAAGCUGGAUAAUCAGACUGGAUCUCUGACCAUCACACACAUCACAAACACACACUCUGGAGUUUAUCAUCUUGAGAUCCUCAGCAGCAGAUUCAUCAUCCACCGUCAGCACAGCAUCAGCAUUAUCAGUGAGAAGAGCCUUAAUGGGACUGUCACUUAUGUGAUCGUGGGAGUUGCUUUUGCUGUUCUGCUGGUGUUAGCAUGUGUAUAUGGAAAGCGGUGUCGAAAAAAUGACAAAAGGUUGCCCGUCUCCCACGCACAACAUGUCAUUUAAAGUACACAUUUACACAUUUACACAUGAACUAUCAUUUGCAUUUUGAAAGAAUUUAAAAAUGUGCCAGGAAAAUGUAA